AUCACCAGAAGUCACUUAACCUUUCUCCGAAGCCUGUUUUCUCAUCUGUAAAAUGGGAAUAAUGGGAGCACCUACCUCACAGGGUUAUUGGGGAGGAAUCAGAGAAGAUAAUCUGCGGCGCAAACCUUAAAGACCUAUAUCAGGGGUAUUAGGACCAUACAAAUCUCAUAAACGAAGCUCGUUGGAAAGUCAGUUUUACAAGAAGGAGUCAGCAGCGCAUGCGCUUCCGGGGAAGGCAAGUGCAUACGCAUGCGCAUUCCUCACGCAGUUUGCGAAGAGAACGAAGGCGUGUGUUCAGGCCUCGUCUCUGAACGUUUCUUGAGGCCUCUGCAGCUUCUCUAUCCUACACACUUAAGGCCUGGCCACUUCCACCACCAAGGCUCGGGAUGUUUCCUGAGCUUAAUAACUUGCUGAACGUCAGCCCUGAGAAGCCAGAGCAGGGGACGUUUACUCUGCUCUGCGAUGCCAAGACAGAUGGAAGCUUCCUUGUGCACCAUUUUCUCUCCUUUUACCUCAAAGCUAACUGUAAGGUUUGCUUUGUGGCCCUUCUCCAGUCCUUCAGUCACUAUAAUAUUGUAGGUCAAAAGCUGGGGGUCAAUCUGAUUGCUGCCCGAGAUCGGGGACAGUUGGUAUUCCUUGAAGGCCUGAAGUCCACUGUUGAAGUCCUCUUUGGGUCAGAGGAACAGCCAAACACCCUCAAGUUCAUCAGAGAGUCUGGCUCUGACCUGACGUCCUGGUAUGAGUUGGUGCAGAAAGCUCUGGCUCCCUCAGGUGAUGGUGAUGCUGCUUCGUGGAAGUGCCCGGUGAUUUUGGUGGAUGACCUGAGUGUCCUGCUCAGUUUGGGUGUUCAAGCAGUUGCUAUUCUGGACUUCAUCCAAUUCUGUAGAGUCACUGUCUGCUGCCGGUUGAAGGGAAACGUGGUGGCUUUGGUGCAUGACAGUGACAGAACAGAGGAUGAGGAGAGGACAAUGCUGACGAAUGCUCUCGGUCACCAAAGUAGUUUGAUCCUCCGGGCUGAGGGAUUGGCAACUGGAUUCUGCAAGGAUGUUCACGGGCAGUUGAAAAUCCUGUGGCGGGGAUUGCAGCAGCCAAAAGUUGAGCAGACUCGGAGUCUCACUUAUCAAUACAAGAUACAGGACAAGACUGUGACCUUCUUUGCUAAAGGACUAUCUCCUGCUGUGCUGUGACUUGAUCUUUGGACUGUGAAAAGUGACAUGCUGACUGUUUUCAGAUUUGAAGGAAAAGGCCAUGCCGUAAACAGACCUUCCCCAGCUUUGCUCAAGCUAAACAGACCAGCGUAGCUACUUCAGAUGUGGCUUCUGUGGUGGAAGCCCAGGGCAGGACUGCUAUAUGUUUUGCCUGCUUGUCUGAUUCACCCCUGUUCUUGGUAAGCAGACCAAGAGUGAAUGUGCAGAACUCUCAAGAAAUGGGCAUCCUGUCUACUCACUGUGGGAAACUGAGCCUAGAUUCUAGUCUUGGGCUUUGGAUGUAAACAUACUGCACAGUGGGCUGAUCUUGUUGGCACAUGUGUGUAAUCUAUUUAAUAAACCUUAAAUAGAUUUUAUUGA